AGCUGGCAGGCAGAGGCCGUGCUGGAUGCCGGGGCCGCCGUGUCCAGCGCCGUGCUGCCGGGACUGGGCAGGGUGUUUCGGGUGGAGGCAGUCCUGGCCGCACCGGUGGGGCGGCUGCACCGCGAGCUGUUCGAGGAGCUGGAGCAGAUGCCCCGCUGGAACCCCAGCCUCAGCCGUGUGGAGGUGCUGCAGCGCCUGGGCGAGGACACGCUGGUGACGCACGAGGUGACGGCCACCAGCCCGGUGGGCCGCAGGGACUUUGUGAGCGUGCGGCACCGCCGGCGGGCGCAGGCGGCCGUCUACCUGGUGGGCACCGCCGCGCGCCUCGAGCGGCUGCCGGCGCAGGAGGACUGCGUCAGGGCUGAGACGCGGCUGAGCUGCAUCGCGCUGCAACCGCUGGCGGGGGACCCCGGCUGCACCCGCGUCACCUGGCUGCUCAGCGUGGACCUCAAGGGCUGGAUCCCCGCCGCCGUCACCGACCGCGUCCUGCCGCGGUGCCAAGCGGACUUCAUCGGGCACCUCCGCCGGCACCUCUCAGCCACCGCGCGGCCGUGAGCCCCCCGGGACCCCCAAAUCGCCUGGGGGCUCCCCCGGACCGGUACCCCAGCUUUAUUUAUUUUUGGAACAGCUACGCUCUGCGUUUAUACGUGUAUAUAUGUACAGAGGGAUAGGAUUUUCCCCUCCUGUGCCACCCGGAGCACGCGCAGCCGGAGCAGGGAUCCCCGAAAGCGCUGCAAAAGCAAGGCAUGGAGGAGCGAAGCUGCGCAGCCCCUCCUGGGGGUCACGAAACGUUAGGCAGCCCUUUCAGGAUGGUUGUAAUUUAUACGUCCAGCUGGUUUUCUGUCUUAUUUAUUGGGGGAAAAAAAACGCUGUUGAAGCAGCUAGGUGAAACUCUGGCUGAUAAAUAGGAGUUAAAUAAAACAGAGGUGGUUUCAGACCCCCUGAGACUCAUUUCAACCACAUGCAGGUCACACGCUCAUAAAUUAUUCCCCUACCUCCACCCCAAAUAAAUCCACAGAAACAGACAGCGGUGUGCAUUUUUCU